AUGAUUCUGUUUCUCUUUUGAAAAAACAAAACUUCAAAAUCAAAAUCAAAAUCAAAUAAAACCAAAAGAAUCGCCGAAAAUCUCUCCAACCAAUCCACCACCACCAAUGGAAGACUCUCAACAACAACCACCGCAACAAAUUGCGCCGAUGACAAUCGACGGCGCCGACGAAGACUUAGCACUCGCGGCCUCUUCCGUCUUAACCCGCCGCGAGGUCCUCGUUCGCCGCCUCCGCCGUGUCAGACAACUCUCUCGCUGUUACCGAGGUCAUUACUGGGCGUUAAUGGAAGAGCUUAAGGCUAAGUACAGAGAGUAUUACUGGACUUAUGGAAGGAGUCCGUUCAAAGAAGAUGAAGAAAGAAAUUCAAACGGUGUAAGGGAUUCGGGUAACGCUUCUGCUGCUGGUGCUUUUGAUAAUGGUGAUGAUUUUGUUCGGUGUGCUUAUACUGGCUGUAAGACCAAAGCUAUGGCUCUUACUAAGUAUUGUCAUGCGCAUAUUUUGUCUGAUCCUAAUCAGAAGCUUUAUCGUGGUUGCACUGCCGUGGCAAAAAGUUUGCCAACAGGGCCAGUCUUUUGUAAUAAGCCAGUAUUGAGAUCCAUGGUUCCUUUGGUAUGCCCUGCUCAUUACCAAUUAGGCGAAAAGUGCUUGCUUCGUGCUGUAAAAAGGGCAGGCCAUAACGUCCCAGUUAAUGGUAAGCCUAGUCCACAGUUACAUCUAUUAAUUCCUGAAUUUGUCCGCCAGAUUCAAAAUAAACGAAAGGCUGCACGCAAGGCAGCUUUACCUAAACCUAAACCUGAGACUGAUUAACCAAAGCUAAUGUUGCUGAUUAUUGGAAAUAUUAUUGAUUCACUAAAGACUUUGCACAGUAUAUAGGGAGGUUGGGUUCCAAUAUCUGAGAAACAGAGUUAUGAUUUGGUGUUUACUGUUGAAGCAUCAAGUGUCAAUAAGAAAUGUACUUUAGAUACCUGUAAAUUGCGAGUAUGCUAGUUAUGUCCUUAAACUUUGCGACUCUUUAUCCUUACCCGGUCAUUUUAUUGGCAUUCUAUGAGCAGCAUUACAAUACAUUAAGUUGUUGCUUGUUAUUCAUAAUAACAAUUUGUUGGUUGGAUUAGGAAUUUCUAUCCUAAAAUUCUUGAUA